AUCAGCUGUUCGGGCUCCCCAGCUGAUUUUGCGACAGGUGGCCAAAGGCUAAACUUUGGCUGAACUUUGCAGCGGGCGGACGGAAAAUGCUACCUCUCCAGCGUGUGCGGCAACUGCUGAGUGUGGGAAGCCGUACUCGGAACAUUAGACUAAUCCGGCAAGAAGCGACGGCCCAGAAGAGCCGUCUUCCCGUGGUGCGACUGGGUCUCCUGGCGGCAGGAGCAGGUGCCUUGGCCUACGACGGGAUCGUAAAUGACUUCACCUACUGUGGGGCCUCCGUGCGAUUUGUGCGGUCCCUGAAAACCGCCGGCUUAAUUGCCGCCGACUAUCUGCGGCUGGACGAGAACGAUCCGGAGUACGAGACCAAGGUUAAGGUGCUCCACAAGAAGAGCGCCGAGCGGCUGUUGGAGACGUGCCUGCUCAACGGUGGCCUUUACAUCAAGGUGGGCCAGGGAUUCGCCGCCAUCAAUCACAUCCUGCCCGUGGAAUACACCUCCACGCUGUCGCAGCUGCAGGACAGCUGUCUGCCCACCACCAAGGCGGAUGUGCAGAAGGUGUUCCGCCAGGACUUUGGCCAGUUGCCCGAGGAGAUCUACCAGGAGUUCGACUACAAGCCCGUGGCGGCCGCCAGCUUGGCGCAGGUUUUCAAGGCCAAGCUGCCCAGCGGCGAGCAGGUGGCCGUCAAGGUGCAGUACAAUGAUCUGCAGAAGAGAUUCAUCAGCGACCUGGGCACCAUCAUCUUCCUGCAGGACAUUGUCGAGUGGUUCUUCAAGGACUACAACUUUGGCUGGAUCCUGAAUGACCUGCGGAAGAACCUGGUGCUGGAGCUAAACUUUUUGCAGGAGGGCCAGAAUGCCGAGCGAUGCGCCAAGGACAUGCAGAAAUUCAGUUUUGUCCACGUUCCCAAAGUCCACUGGUCGUAUACCAAAACGCGCGUGCUCACUCUUGAGUGGAUGGAUGGUUGCAAGAUUAACGAUCUUAAGACGAUAAAAAAAGAAAAACUCAGCCUGAAAGACAUCGAUGUGAAGCUCUUUGAAACCUUUGCUGAACAGAUUUUCUACACCGGCUUCGUGCACGCCGAUCCCCAUCCAGGAAAUAUUUUUGUGCGCAAAAAUAGUAAAAACGGCCGGGCGGACAUCAUCUUGCUGGAUCAUGGCCUCUACGAAGAACUUCCUCAAAAUGUGCGAGGGCCGCUCUGCGAAUUCUGGGAGGCCACCGUCCUGCGCGAUGAGGUGAAGAUGCAGUCGGCCGCCGAGAGGAUCGGUAUUGCCGACUACAUGCGCUUCGCCGAAGUGCUCUUCCAGCAGCCACUUCGAAAUCGAAGUGGAAGCAUUCGGGGAAAGCUAUCGCAGGAGGACAUCGACCAUAUGCAGGAAAUUGCCAGGCACAACUUUGAGCACAUUAUGGGCACCCUGAAGGAGAUGCCCCGAAGCAUGUUGUUUGUGGUCCGCAAUCUGAACACGGUGCGUGCAAUUAGUCAUCAGCAUGGAGACGUUGUAAACCGACCCCGGGUUAUGGCCCGAUAUGCCCAGAAGUGCCUUUAUAUGCAGCACAACAGACGGUCUCCCGUGCAAUUUGUCCGCUGGCUAAGCCGACGCAUCUACUUCGAGUACUGUCUGUUCUUGUCGGCCUUCAAGCUGCGACUCUUCGACUGGUACUUUAAUUUCCUUUACCUGGUGGGCCGUGCUCCUGCCUCAGCGAGAACCGUAAUGAGGGACAUGAUGCAACCCCCGGAACCGGUGAUGUUGAGAUGAGUGCCUACCUGUUUGCUUUACCCCUAAAUCUUAAGUUCAAAAUGUAUUUUUUAAGGAUAAAUGUUGUAUAUUUUAAUAGCAUACCGACUCAUUAUCUG